AUGGCACAGCUAACCCCAGUGAUCCUAGUGACGGGCGGCACGGGCCUGGUAGGGCGCGCGAUCCAGCACGCCGUGGCGUCCAGCGGGCCGUUUGGCCGGCAAACGGGCGACCGAUGGGUGUUCGUGUCGAGCAGUGACUGCGACUUGCGCGACUUUGACGCCACGCACGACCUGUUUGACCGCGUGCGGCCGACACACGUCGUGCACCUCGCCGCGAGGGUCGGCGGGCUGUUCGCCAACAUUGCCUCGCAGGCCGACUUUCUGCGGGACAACAUACGCAUCAACGACGCGGUGCUGCAGAAUUCCCAUGAUUUCCACGUACGUCGCGUCCCGCCGCAGGGCGCCGAGCUAGCUCGCUCGCUCACUCGCCAGGUCGCAAAGGUCGUCUCAUGCCUCUCGACGUGCAUCUUCCCCACGCACCCGACCUACCCCCUCAGCGAGGGCCAGAUCCACGCCGGCCCGCCGGACCCAAGUAACUUUGAGUACGCGCACGCCAAGCGCCUGGUCGACGUGCAGAAUCGGGCGUAUCGCGAGCAGUACGGCGACGUGUUUACCGCCGUCAUCCCCACGAACGUCUUCGGGCCAGGGGACAACUACAACCUCGACGCGGCGCACGUCCUCCCGGCCCUCAUGCACAAGUGCUACAUUGCACAGCGCGACGGCACGCGGUUCGUGAUUUCUGGCAGCGGCCGCCCCCUCCGCCAGUUCAUCUACUCGCGCGACCUUGCGCGCCUGAUUGUGUGGGCGCUCAACAGCUAUACCAAGGUCGAGCCGCUGAUCCUGUCCCCGCCGGAAAACGACGAGGUGUCCAUCCUCGACGCCGCGCUCGCUGUCAUGACUGCCAUGUCGUACGAGGGCGAGUACGUCCAAGACACGUCCAAGUCCGACGGGCAGUACCGCAAGCCUGCUAGCAAUGCCAAACUCGUCGCCGAGCUGGCUAAGCAGGGGCUCGAGUUUGAGUUUACCCCGUUCCAAGAGGCGCUGCAAGAAUCCGUCGACUGGUUCGUCGACAACUACCACACCGACGCGAGGAUAUAGCCCGCCGCGUAACACACCCUACACAUGC